UUGGAGGUGAUAGAGCAAUAAUCCUCUGCUUUUCCACCAAGUUUCAAUCUUGAACGCCCUUUUGCUUCCCCCACUUGAUUGUUUCUAUUAUACAAAUUGUAAACUCAAGUCCAUCUUCUAGAUAAAAGAAAUUGUAUUAUUGUAACAUCGAUGGGUAAAGAAUUUUCAAACUCUUUCGAAAUAUUUAAUUACAUAAUCAGAAAAAUUCUCUGUUUCAAACUCUGUACGGACAGAAUUCAGGAAGCAGCAGCGAAAAUCGGAAGCUUCUGCUCUGACUACUAGCCAGGGAGCCACCAAAAAGUCCCCAAUAGACGCCUUCAAGGCUUCAACGAGUUGAACCGUCUCUCCUCAGGCGUCAUCGAUGGCGUCAACACAAUCCCACAAGUCUUGAUUCUUGAACUCCAUCUUUGUUCACGUUAUCUCUAUCCUUCACCGUACCUUGUUUUUCCCUUUCUGUUGUUUUCAAUAAAAGAUGCCAAGCUUAGCGGUGAAACUCUAUAGCAUCUUCUUCAAGUUUCAGAAAAGAUAUCUGCUACGUAAUCUAACACAAGCUUCUCUUCACAACGUCGAUCCUUUUGGCAUAACUUCACGCCAUGAAGAACCAACGGCCCCCAGCAACCCUUCUUUCAAUGAUGGAGUUGCCACCAAGGACAUCCACAUCGACCCUUUUUCAUCUCUUUGCAUCCGCUUAUUCCUUCCGGACACGGUUGUUAACUCUGACCUGACAACAAACGAAGAGAAAAGCAAAGAUGGUACUUUUGUUUACAGAGGUUACUCUCCACAGACAGGAAAAAAACACAAGAAACUACCGGUGAUGUUACAGUUUCAUGGCGGGGCUUUUGUCGGUGGAAGCAAUGAUAGUGUAGGGAAUGAUGUGUUUUGCAAGAGGAUUGCUAAGCUUUGUGAUGUGAUCGUGAUUGCAGUUGGCUAUAGGCUGGCACCGGAGAGUAGGUAUCCGGCGGCAUUUGAGGAUGGUUUGAAGGUGUUGAAUUGGUUAGGGAAACAGGCGAAUUUGGCAGAGUGUGGGAGGUGGAUGGGGAAUGGGAGAAAGAGAAUGGAUGCUCAUGUUUUUGAUGGGUUUGGUGCGUCUAUGGCUGAGCCUUGGUUGGCUGCUCACGGAGAUCCCUCUAGGUGCGUACUUCUUGGGGUAAGCUGUGGUGCAAACAUAGCAGACUAUGUGGCUCGAAAGGCUGUUGAGGCUGGGAAGCUUUUGGAUCCUGUUAAGGUGGUGGCACAAGUCCUGAUGUAUCCAUUUUUCAUUGGAAGCAAUCCCACAAAUUCUGAAAUUAAACUGGCAAACUCAUACUUCUAUGACAAGUCUAUGUGCACGCUGGCUUGGAAACUUUUUCUGCCUGAGGAAAAUUUCAACCUGGAUCAUCCAGCUGCCAACCCUUUAAUCCCUGGGAGAGAGCCUCCUCUGAAGUUCAUGCCCCCAACACUGACAGUUGUGGCAGAGCAAGACUUGAUGAGGGAUCGAGCUAUUGCUUACUCUGAGGAACUCCGAAAGGUUAACAUAGAUGCUCCCCUUCUCAAAUACAAGGAUGCUGUUCAUGAGUUUGCGACUCUGGAUGUGCUUAUUCAGACACCACAAGCACAAGCCUGUGCAGAAGAUAUUGCUAUAUGGGUCAAGAAAUAUAUAUCACUCAGAGGCCAUGAGUUUUCUUAUUGAAUAGAUAAGUAUAUCAGUAUCACAGCAACAUGGUCAGCAAUUUUGCAUAAAGAGGAAUAGAGUUUCAGGUUACCUCCGCCGACUCAUUUAUUUUGAAUGCCUAUCAGGGUGAGAGGCCUGCUGCCUUUUGUAAAAAUGAACUGUUUGUCUAAUCCCUUGGGAUUUCAGAUGCAAUUUCUUCCUUGUUAUAGUUCACUAGGAAUAUUCGUUUGUUCAUAUUCUUUUCCUCAAUUUUGAGAUGUCUUAUAUUUAGGAAUAAGCUGAAUGAGAUGCAUUAUUAUUAUCCCUUUCUUUGUGGUUUUAAGUUUUAAAAUUGUGCCGAUCACCAUUUACAAAUUGCUCCUAGCAACUCUUUCUCUCCUUGCCAGAAACUGUUACUUGGUCUUGUAAUUAUGAAAAUUAAAAAAUUAAUCAGCCGGUGCGAAGGAUGUAUUGGCUAUUUUGCCGAUGCCCUGCCAGACUUGUAUUUUCACCAUCUUGCUUGAUUGGUUAUUUGUUAAUGCAUUAAAAGAAAUAUCUUCUGCAGUUUUCUUGGAACUCCAUCGUAAAAGCAUCUACAAUCGAUGCCCAACAUUCAGGAAAAAAUAAAAAUACUAUUUUUUGUGUUAGCAUAAUGCAGGAUGGCAGAAAUUUGUGUUUUAUUGAAUAGUAAACUAGUAUAGCAAGUAGCAACAGAUUGCAGAGAAAUCAGUCGGUAACCGCGUCCCUAUC